GGCGGUGUUUGAAAGCGCCGCGGGGGGCGGGGGCGCCAACGGCCGCCGAGGGAGGGCACCGCGGGCCUGUCAUGGCGCACAAACAGAUCUACUACUCGGACAAGUACGAUGAUGAGGAGUUUGAGUACCGGCACGUGAUGCUGCCCAAAGACAUCGCCAAGCUGGUGCCCAAGACCCACCUGCUAUCGGAGUCGGAGUGGCGGAACCUGGGGGUGCAGCAGAGCCAGGGCUGGGUCCACUACAUGAUCCACGAGCCAGGUGAGCCCCGCGGGGGAGCGGGUGAUGCCCAGGGGGCCUGGCCUGACCCCCUCUUUUGCCCCGCAGAGCCCCACAUCCUGCUCUUCCGACGGCCAUUGCCCAAGAAGCCAGAAAAGUGAGUGGCCCCUGGUGUGCCGAAGCUCCCGGUCCUCACACGCUGAGAAAGCACCUUCCUCCUCUCCUCGGGAUUUCUUGGGGGCUUCACCCCCUGACCCUCGAUGCUGCCUGGGCGCCGUUUUGGCGACUUGGCCCUGGUUCCGGGGGCCCUUUCCGUUGCGAUGCCUCCAAAGCUUCAAUAAAGUGAUGUUUGGGA